GCCCUAUUUGAUUUUCAGUUUGCGGCUGUGUUGGACUCGUUCACUUCAGCAAUUGUUUUGUGGAGAUUUGCCGAAAUAGAAAGCAAUGACCCCGAAUCCUCCGAACGCGAACAAGAAAAAGAAAGAAGGUAUGUCAAUAAAUUGUUUGUUCGAAUUACCCUACAGUAGCGGUCAUUUGAUAGCCUGAGUAAACAGCCGACAUUUAGCGAAUCUACCACGGGUUCCCCGCCAAAUGACGUCUGAGAAACGAGCGCAGAAAUUCCAUACUGAUGACGCGUCACUACCCAGAUCUAGGUAGUGCUUCUGAUUGGUUGAAUCAAAUUUCCCACGCGGCACUACCAAUCAGAAGCACGACCCAGAUCUUGGAAGUGACGCGUCAUCAGUAUGGAAUUUCUGUGCUCGUUUCUCAGACGUCAUUUGGCGGGGACUACUAGUGGUAAGCGUCGCAAAAUGUCGGCUGUUUUCUCAGGCUAGUCAUUUGACAAUGAGGUGAGCAUACAGUAGACUAAAGUAACCGCCCCAUAAAGGAAUCUAAUAUUGUCUUGGAAUAUGGAUUCCAUGCCAUAGAUUCCGGAUUCCAGGUACUGGAUUUCAGGAUUCUUUGUCAGUGGAACUUGGAUUCCAGAUUGCAAUCAAUAAUGGGAUUCCGGAUUCCUUGAGCUAUAUUCCGGAUUGCAAAACCCAGAAUUCCGGAUUUCACAACCAAAAAUCUUCCAGAUUCCGGAAUCCCUUACAUGGGUUGGAUUUUUUUGGAAGUACAAACAGUCCAGUCCAGUUUCAAGUUCGAAAUGACUGCAGAAUGAAAGCACUAAGAUGCGUCUAUUUGAAGUAAUAUACCAGUCACAAAUUACAGUGAAAGAAAACCUGUUAACAGGUCUGUUUAUUAUCGUUUAUUUUCAAAUUUCGGGCGCCUUUCUCCUACCCUAGGUGCCAGAGACUUUUCAUGCCCAGUUUGCGGUUUCAGUCAAGUCUUUAAUUUAUAGUGUCUUUAUAGCGAAAAACUUCGCCACUCGUGGCUUUAAAAGGCCAAAGACGUAUCGGCCUACGGCCGACCCGAAGCAUCUCCGCCGCACUCAAUCGCCGCACCCGAGAAAAUACCACCAGUAGUGGUAUUUGUGAAUAUUCUUCUUAAGGUCGGUUGAAGCAAACUUUAUUUGAACGUGUCAUUGGGGUUUGUAUUCAAGGGUAAUUUUUGACACGAGAAGGGACUAUUCAUAUCAUACCGCCGUUCGGAUUUCAAAAAAGUGAUUACUUAACAUUUUACACUGUAUGUUUCAUUUUGCUUGUUUUCUUUACGGCAGGGCUUGUAUAGCAAUUUCUAUCUGUUUUAUCCUCUCCUCAUUUGCCAUAGCCAGCAAGGCUGUGUAUACGUUAGCAGUAAACGGAACUCCUCGCAAGGUAUUUCAAUACACUAAGGGUUGAUUUCCACUGUCGCGUAAUUUUUACGUGCGUACGUGUGUAAAAUUUACGUUCGCAAAUAAAAUAGAGGCCGCACCUUAGCGUAAAGGAAAACCUCACUCAACUUCACGUUUAAUCUCAACACUUGCCUCUAUUUUAUUAACGUGAUUAAAAAUUACGUGCGUUAACGUGCGUAGCCAAAAACGCGUCAGUGGAAAUCAACUUUAAGUCAUUCAAAAUUUUACUCAGAGUCCACAGGCGUACCGGCCGGCGGAAAAACGCCGGGACAGACUUAUGGGUAGGUACUUCCUAUAAUAAUUAUAUAUGAAGUACCUACCGACUUAUGGCGAUCAUCCGCUGACCAAAGAGCUUGAGAACUCCGGGUAUAAGAUUAGGUCAACUGUUCUUUUUCUUUUCCAUCUCGAGAAGCUGACAAGCAAUAGGGAUUUGAUACCAACAAAUAAAAAGUAUCCGCUCUGAUCCCUACAGCUGCCAAGAACUAGCACUGUUUAAAGAAAUAAAUUCUACGUAGAGACGAAGAGAGGAAAAUACAAAACCAUACACAUGCUUUCAGUUGGCACAGCGCCCGAAACCUACAGUACUUUUGCCCUACUUCACUUUUAUUUUUACUUGAGGUACCAGGGGUAUCUUGCAGAACGCAGAACGCUGAAUGCAGAAUGCAGAACGCCAGAUGACUCUGAAGUUUAGUGAUCGGGGUUAGGAAACUGAGUGAAUUAGGUUUCAUUUAGAGUCAUUACACUGGGAAAAUUGACGUGAAACUUGAUUCACUCAGUUUUCUAACCCUAAUCACUAAACUUCAGAGUCAUUUGGCGUUCUGCAUUCUGCAUUAGGCGUUCUGCAAAAUACUCGUGCCUUACUUGCAAAGCUAAAAUUUACAGUGCAACGUAGGUGAAAUUGAAGUGAGACGCUAAACCGCAAAGCCUUCUUAAAAAUCAUGACCGAGCGCGGAGCCCUAGGUUAUUAUUUUGUAGGUUAUCCGGUUCAACGCACUUUUGCAUUGUUUUAGAACCACCGAAGUGGAGCAGUGGGAUAUUUUUCGUAAUAAUGAUGAUCUCCUGUUCCAUCUCAGUGAACUCCUCUUCCAUUUAUUGUAAGAUAACCUGUUCAAAACAAAUGGAAAGGAGCUAAAGUUUGAAUUCACUAUUUUCACAUAGACCAUAAUGCACCUUGUUUACCUCCCAAAAUUUUGCAUAACCAUUGUCUUUGAUUUCUCUUCAGAUAACUGUAAUACCCAGGAGAAAUCGGAAACAAAGGCUAUGCAAAAUUUGGGGCGGGGGGUAAGCAAGCUGCUUUAUGGUCUAUGUGAAAAUGGUGAAUAACAAAUUUGACCGUAAAAUGUUUCCUAAUGUUUCAGCAAUAUUUGAUGGAAAUGCUUUCGAUUGCAAGUCUUCUGUUUCUCCUUAUCCUGGUUGGUGUCAAGUGCUUGAUAGCCCACAAAGUCCACAGCAGAACUAUGAGAACUGAUGGUAAUAAUAAAUACUUGGCUAAUUUAAAAUACACUAAGGCCUGGUCAAUGACAAAACUUUAAAAAACUGUGGAAGCGUUUAUUUUCUUGUUUACAUACGUUUGAUUACGUUAGAGGCAUGUUGUGUAUUUUCCACAAACCUUCAAAGUCGGUUCAUUUUGGCCCGAAACGAAUUGAUCGUGGCAAAGUUUAGUAGCUUUAAGUGACCAGCAGACGAGUGAAUACAGAUUAUCUUUAUAAGAGUGUCCCCCCCUCCCCCUCCCAGAGGAGCUCCACUGUUAAGACUCUCUUAACAAUGACUCACCCAGACUUAUAUCUUCAGUUCCAACUUAAGUUAGAAGAACAUUGCGGGGCGUAAACAAACGAUUAUAACUGAAAUUUUGUAGACGAUUCAAGUGGUACAAAUGUCAUUCUGGUUUCUAAAACAACUUGCAGGGGCACCUAAUGGAUCUGUUCUUGAAAAUAUCUUUUCCUUAGGCAAAUUUUUGCUGGCUGAGAGAUUUGAAAAAAAUACCGUAAAAUUCCGAAAAUAAGCCCCGAGGCUUAUAUUUUUCAAAGGCCCUUUUUGAGGGGCUUAUCUAUGGAAGGAAAUUUGCGUUUCAAAAUCGAUUGAGCUAGCCUUAUAGUUAGAAGGAAUUUUACGUCUUUUACCGUUUUUGCUUUGUUUUACUUUGUAUUUGAGGGCAAUUUCCAAGAACAAGCCCUUGGGGGGCUUAUAUAUUUGAAGGGGCUUAUGCAUGGAGGGGCUUAUUUUCGGAAUUUUACGGUAUGUCUUUGGAAGAAAAGUGAUGCUGGGAAAUAGAAAUUUGAUGUCUAGAAUAGCUGCUAUGUGUCCUUUGUGAGAAACCUCUUUGCCCAAAACCCACCCCCCUCCCUCCCACUGAAGGGCUGAAUUUUGCCCUAUGACCACUCCCAAACUGGUAAGUAAUCACUGGACAUACGUCUGUUGAGAAACUUCACACUAAGUUGAGUUGCAGGUUGUAGGUGCACCUUGCCGGCUGGGAACUCUUAUAUCAGUCUUGCUGGGAGUGAGGAACAGAUGAAUUUUUCCCAGCAAUCUCCCAAGAUGCUUGAAAUGAGUUCAGAAAGCUUUAUUCAUACUUUGUUGUUGUUGUUGUUAGGUCUUUUUCUCAAAAUUUCCCGUUGGGUGCCCCUGAACUUGUAUAGUGGCGUAUUUGAAACUGAUUUAAAACUUUUCGUAUCUUAAAAUAGUUUUCCAAUAGAUAAGCUUAUUGGUAAGUCCAACCAAUACCCGAAAACUGGAUAGAAACGCCACACAAAAACAAAACAAGUGUUAAAAGAUAAUCUAGAGAGGUGCAUUGUUUACCAAUUGAACAACAUACUGUGAAAGACACUUAAGAUUUUUAAUGGUAAAACCCACAACUGAUCGAUCACAAGAAAAAGGCUAACACCACAAAAUGCCCCUUUCCUCUAAACUUCGAGCAGGCCAUCAAGUUGGGGUUUCGCGCUCAAUUCGUUUAGUUUCACUUGCGCAUGAUGUCACUUGCAACCCGGCGCGUUUGCGCAUCGCUGCUCGCGUCUGAUCUCGCUCGCUCGCUAAGAGAGCCUGCUAGCAGGCUACCAGGCAACCCUUUCUCCCACUACAACCAUUAAUCGUCUGUCUUUUUUUCUGUCUUUUACAGCGGUUAACUCCCUUGCUGGAGCAGCAAUGACCCUUGGCAUGAUUGCAAGCGACGUUGUUUGUGAAAAGAACCAUAAAAUCUGCUACUUGGAUUCGGCCACAGCAAUUCUCAUAGCCAUUGCUCUUUUCUCUUAUGGCGUCUUGUAA